UGCUAUAUCACUGCUCGAGUUGAAGAGAGGUGAAGGGGGUGGAAGCGCUCGAGUUGAAGCGCUUGAGUUGAAGCGCUUGGACAUCGCUUGAAAGCGCUGAAUUGAACUAUGGCUGCAGUACCAUUUAAAGGAAAUCCAACCAGGAGAGAAUCGAGAAGGUUAAAAAGAAAGGAAAAACAAGAUGAGCUAGGAGUGUGUCGGAUCAGACGGACUACAGGAGAUCAACGCUCACAAACUCUUGGUUCUGGCUUCGUCGUUAAGAAUCUGCAGAUUUUUCCAGACCUUGAUUUCUAUUACUGUCUCAUAUCAAGCGGCAAAGCCUUCCCCAAGGAUGACUGUAACAUAGAAAGUUAUUACUUGGACUUUAAAAAGUUAGAUUCAAGUGAAUUGAAAACAAUUAAGUUAACGAACGUCGCUGCCAAUCCAGCCAACUUUGUCCGAACUUCCGGCUUGGUGGUAAUUCCCAUCAAGCCGUCAAAGGAAUGCCACAAAGAUGAAAGCAUUUUUGAUUAUCGACCAUUUACAGUUAUCAACGCAGGAAUCGCACCUGGUGUGAACUUAAAGUGUUAUUUUGUAGAUGAUGGUCCGGGGCAAACAAACUUUUCGGUAAUAGGGCUGGAGCUGAAACGAUCAGAGACCGUACCAACGCAGUUCCAACUUCUUGAAGGUCUUGAACGUCCUUACACAACGUAUGAUGAACUUACUUGUCAGGGGAAUCGUAAGCCCUAUGGUGCUGUCAUCUUGAAGAAGCGUGGUAACAACGAAUUUUUGGCUGUUGGAGCCCUAACCUUUACCGAUAACGAAUGCAGAAACAUAACUUCCGCGUUUUUUCCACUCCGUCUAGCAGAUCUAGUCACUCAAACAUCUGAACCUUUUUCAGGUGGCAAUGAGUACCCAGUCCCAGUUUCUGAGCAGCAAGUUUCUGUUGAUAAUGCCCCUUCAAUUGAAGUUGAGUCACCUGGAAUGGCAAGUACAGAAACAUCUGAAUCUGUUCCUGAUGGCAAUGAGGACCAUGUUUCUGAGCAGCAACCUCCUGCUAAUAAUGUCACUUCAACUGAUGGAUCACAAGUCACCAGUACUGCAGCUUUGAAAGUAAGGAUUGAUGUUGAUACCAUGAAACCUGCAGAACAAUGCAACACACAGGAUAGAACUGUUUCAACAAUAGAAUCAAAAGGAUCUCGAGAUGGUGAGCACCAGGAGGCAUCUGCAGGACCUGUGCCAUCAGGACACACACAGCCUUUGUGUACAGGUGCUGAAGCUCACCAAGCACCCAUGAGUCCUACAGAUCCAGAAAAAGUCUUGUGUUUAAUUGCUACCAACUAUCUGCAGGCUAAACCAUUUAGAUGUGAAAGUGACUGUGAUGACUUUUUGGCAUACAUGAGAGAAAUGCGACUCAUUAUUACAGGUGUUUAUAUUGGAAGUUUGCUGAUAACAGUGAAGUGCAAUUCACUGGAGAUCCUGGAGAGACUGUGGGAAGAUUAUUUGUCAGGUCAUUUUGGUGAAGUGGCUCAAAGAUGUUUAGUUACAGAAGAGAUCUUGACAGAAUUGAGCCUUGCAGAGUUAAAGCUUAAAACAACAAUCUCAGAAGAGGAGUACAAAGCAUACAAAAAGUACCUUGGGAAAGAUCCAGCAGGAGAAACAGAUGAAACAUAUGAUGGUGAUGAUUCAGCAUCAGAUGAUGAAGGUACAUGACAUAUUUCAUCGUGUAAAUUAUACACAUUGACUUACAAGCUGAAAAAAAUGUUUUAACAAGUUCUGAAAUAUAAUCAGCUUCUCACAAAUAGGAUUCCUUUGCCAUGUUUUGCUUUGCAAAUACACAGACAUACAGUAACAGACAGAAGCUAUCUAACAGGAAAUGCAUUACUUGAACACAGAUGGAAUGCUAAGGGAACACCAAAUAACGCUACUUAAUAUGAGAAUAGCUUAACUUCUGGUGAACUGCAAAAGAGUGACGCGUCAUGGCCAAUGUAAACAGAAUGCUUUCUUAACCCAUGACCCCUUCUAAAGUGUUCCUUGUGCUCUUGAGGAAAUAGGGGAAAAUAGGCACACUAUGUAUGCUUGUACCUAUUGUUAGCUGCCGCUGGAAUUCCUUUUAAGUCAAUUUAACAAAUUGACAUCAGUUUUUUAUGCAU